CGCCUUGGCAGGUGGAGAGCAAGGGACCCUCCGUGUUUGGGCCCGUCUUGCUGACUGACUGCAGGACUCACGAGGGGGCGGGAGGGGGAGGCCCACCCUCCCCUCCCCCUGCCACCCGGCACAACGGGUUAAUUUUAACACCUAACCUUGAGGCUGCUCCACCUCACAGUUUGGUGGUCAAACAUGCAGAGUAGCCAGCAGCUGCGUUUUUGUGGGACAAGUGAAAUACAUAAUUGAUUUAAUAAUCAAGAAUGAAAAUUCCAAUCUUUAGACUCAUCAAUGCCAUCUGUCGCAUUGUGCAUUCACUUUGUAAGGUUAAACGCGCGGCGAGCGAUCGCGUAUCCAAUGCCCGCAUUCAUCACAUUGUUAGCAUUACAUUUAUUUACACUUGAUUCCAACUAGGUCCCGUCAGCUCGGACCGCUGUCAGCCAAGUCCCAGACCCCAGGACAACGCAGACCUUCCCAAAAAUACACGAACGCUCCUCGAAACAGCACGCCAUUCCAUAAGCGACGUGCCCGAGCGGCGAUGACGCAACGCGGCCGGGGACAGCGCUCCGACAGUUCGCGGUCUGCCUCACCGUUAUGUUAUUUUAGGGCGGAAACAACGGAAAUGCGGGCGCUAGUGCGUGGCUUGCGUCCGCCCGAGGAAGGGCGUUUGCUUGCGUGUAAGGUGGGCGGCUCAACCAUGAGGGGGGCUGGAUUAUCCGGAUCGGGCGAGGGAAGGUUGCGUAAUCCCUUGAAGUAUUGGUCUUGACGGGAAGAAAACAAAUAUCAGAGUUCCGCAAAGAGCAAUACGACUUCUAAUACAGUCAGAUGAAAGUUUUGUCCCAAACGACGUGAAUUGGAUUUCGAAACAGGUUAUGAAUAAGAAGAAAGGAUGUGGGGGAUAGUGGAUGCACAAACACCGAUGGCUUUGCAAUUGCUGUUGCAUCGAUACAGGUGGAGGUGGGGCGCGGUGAGUCAACGGCUUAAUGUCCAUAAAAAUGAGGCAGGCGUCAUAAAGAUUCGCUGCAACAUUAUGGCUCGAGUAUUUCCAGUCAGGAUGAUUAACGAUGAGGUCGACGAGCCCUGUGUCUGCCCCGCACCAGAAAGAAACGGUCUUCCAGAGGCCAUGUACUGGGCUGCGCGUAACGGAGACACGGAUAAGGUUAAAUCGUGGCUCGAAGGAGGAGGCGAUGUCAACGCAGCGGAUCACGAAGGAGACACGAUGCUGCGAGGGGCGUGUCGUGGCGGCCAGACCGCAGUGCUUAUGAUACUCCUGAAGAACGAGGACUUGCACCUUAACGUCAGGGACAGUGACGGACGAACGCCCUUGAUGAAAGCUGCCAGACGGGGACACGAUACGACAGUUCGUAUGAUGUGCGCCGCGAAGUUGAAGUGCAAGCUAGACUACACAGCGCAAGAUAACAAGGGAAACACAGCCUCCUCACUAGCUUUACAGAAUUCUUUUAAAGAAGUAUGUCGCCUCCUGUCACAAGGAUGCCAGGGGACUCUUCCAGCGCAGGACACCGCAGCGGGAUCAGCAGCGCCCAAGAAGAAGAAGAAACACCAGAAAAAGAAGGAGAAGAACCUUGCUGAUGCCUUGAAUAUGGGCAGAGUACGAAUCCAGAGUUCCUCAAGCGACGAAGCAGAAACAGAGACAAUGUUGGUGAACACAAGUCCGCCAGUCCAGGCCACGGAAUCGCAGCACGGAAUCGCAGUUCGUGAAAAUGUUUACAUCAGAAAGUCCGACCGCCGUGGCCGUGUUUGCAUAUUUAACUAUAAGCAAUUUCCCUCAAGACAAGAUUUACUUAGAAAAGGAUCAGAGCAUGACUUUGUGAAUCUUGAAAAGUUGUUCACUAGCCUUAAUUAUGAAGUUCAAGGCUACUGGAAUUUGGGUAAAGAUCAAACCUUAGAAACCCUUACACAGUUUGCCCAACACGAACAAUUUAUUUCAGCAGAUUGUGCAAUCAUUAUCAUCAUGAGCCAUGGAGAGAAAGGACCGAUUUUUAAGACCUCUGAUAUGCAAGAUAUAUCGGUUUCUACAGUUUUUAAUAUAUUCCUGGACAAAAAUUGUCCGCACCUGAAAGGAAAACCUAAGAUAUUCCUCUUCAAUUUUUGUCGGGGAAUAGAUCGACAUGAGUCCCCAGUCUUGUCAACAGACACCGUUACAGAGCCACCCCGUGAUAUGUUGUGCGUUUAUUCCACAACUGAAUCCUUUGUUUCUUACAGAGAUACUGAAAGAGGGUGUCCGUUUGUCACUACAAUGUGCGAUGUUAUUGCUAAAUAUUCUUCGACACUGGAUUUAGAAGCUUUACUCAGGAAAUUUAAUGAGUUAUAUAUGCCCAAUGUAACACCAGAAAUACAAAACUUUAGAUUUCAAAAGAAGUUUUACUUUUGAAUGGUAUUGGUAAUCCAUACUGCAAAAUGAUAUUUAUGAAUGCAGCUUAGUGGAUUACAAAUUAUUUAUUUUCUUACGUGUGAAAUCAGUUGAUUGAUAGUAGUUAUAAACACCGAUUUUGAACAUCAAUGUUAUUCCAUCAGUAUUUAUAGAAGUUCUAGUAAUUUCAAGCAUAUUUUUAUAAAACAAUCUCAGAUUCACAUGCAUGGUGUAUCCCAAGACGUCAGUGUUAAGGUAGUUCCCUUUGCACACAUUAAGCUGAAUAUCCAUUACAAUAGCUCAAACUGCUUGACAAUCAUACCAGAAAAGUCCAAAAUCACUUGUUUUCCUCCAGUAACAUUCACAAAAUGUAUAAUCAUCCCAAACAAAUUUAAAUAAAGGAAAAUUGAGAAAUCU